GUUAUUGUUGUUCCCAAGUCUGGAGUGUCUGAAUGUGUCGACUAUUGGAGAUCUCCUGGACACAUUUCUAUAAUUUUGACAGCAUUUUUCAGAAUAUAGGGAUUAAACAUUUGCUUCCGCGUAACUCAGGCGUUGGACCUUUCAUGUUUAUUUAGUUGGUGGUGAUGAGCCCAUGUUUUGACGUUAAAACUGGGAGCUGACAGCUAGCUUCGGCUGCUACAUCACAGUGGAGGCUGUCUUGAGACUGAAGGGGAUUUGGGUUGAGAUUGAUAUAUUUUCCUCAUCUUUUGGUCAACUUUGAGAAGGGAAGUUGCCGUGAUAAAUAUUAUUUUUAUGAUGGGCAUGACAAAUCGGAUAGAGUGCAUAUUUUUUAGUGAGUUUCAUCCCACCCUGGGUCCAAAAAUAACAUAUCAGGUCCCAGAGGAAUACAUUUCCAGAGAGCUCUUCGACACAGUUCAAGUUUACAUAAUCACCAAGCCAGAGCUGCAAAACAAAUUAAUAACUGUCACUGCCAUGGGGAAAAAGUUAAUAGGUUGUCCUGUGUGCAUAGAGCAUAAGAAAUACAGCCGAAAUGCCCUCCUGUUUAACCUUGGGCUGGUUUGUGAUGCUCAGACCAACACUUGUGCUCUGGAGCCGCUUGUGAAGAAGCUGUCCGGGUACCUCACUACACUAGAGCUUGAGAGUGGUUUCAUAUCUAAUGAAGAAAGCAAACAAAAACUUUUACCCAUCAUGUCAACCUUAUUGGAAGAUCUUAAUGCAACAGGAGCCUGCACCCUGCCUAUAGAUGAGUCCAAUACCAUCCACUUAAAGCUGAUCCAGAUGAGAAAGGACCCCCCUAUCGUGCAGGAGUAUGACGUGCCUGUCUUCACUCAGUGUAAAGAGCAUUUCAUCAAGUCUCAGUGGGAUCUCACCACUCAGCAGAUUCUACCCUACAUAGAUGGAUUCAGGCACAUCCAGAAAAUCUCAGCUGAAGCAGAUGUAGAGCUGAAUCUUGUUCGCAUUGCAGUGCAAAAUCUGCUGUAUUAUGGAGUUGUGACCCUGGUGUCGAUCUUUCAGUAUUCAAAUGUUUACUGCACCACCCCCAAAGUCCAGAGCCUCAUAGAUGACAAGUCUAUUCAGGAGGAGUGUCUCAGCUACGUCACUAAGCAGGGUCAGAAGCGUGCCAGUCUGAGAGAUGUGUUCCAGUUGUACUGCGGUCUGAGUCCAGGAACCACGGUCCGGGAUCUUUGUGCUCGCUACUCGCAGCAGCUUCAGAGGGUUGAUGAGAGGAGGCUGAUCCAGUUUGGGCUGAUGAAAUGUCUGAUUCGACGGCUGCAGAAGUAUCCUGUGAAGGUGAUCCGUGAUGAGCGAAGCAGGCCACCUCGACUUUACACCGGCUGUCACAGUUAUGAUGAGAUCUGCUGCAAAACAGGGAUCAGUUACCAGGAGCUGGACGAACGAUUGGAAAAUGAUCCUAACAUUGUUAUAUGCUGGAAGUGAUGUGAUAUGAACUGAAACUAGAGCAACAGACUGAAAAAAACAGAGAUGCCUCAACCAAAGAUGCCUUCAGUGAGAGGAGUAACACUGGAAACAGAAGCAGUAUUUUCUAAUUUUUCGGUUAAUUGUUUUUUCUUUUGGUUUGUUUUUUUAAUGAAGUUCCUCCUAUUGAGACAUUUCUCUCCAGGUCAGAUUAGGAAGUUAAUGUUUACUAAUACUGUACAAAGAAAACUGUGAUUAA